UGGUUCAAGCUCAACAAACAAUACAAGUGUUUAAUACAUUCGACGGAUACAUUAAUUCAACAAAUUCAUAUGUGACGUUUAUGUUUAAUGCGUCAGCGGUACCUGAUAGAACUGGUGGACUUUCAAGAAUAUUCGCUAUGGCUAAAAGGCAAGCUACUAAUCCCACUACAACGAUCAGUUCUAGACCUCCCGGAUCGAGCACAAUCAGUAGUUCAACAGCCAGAAUAAUAAAUCAGCAAAUCCAACCACCAGUGAUUGGAUCGCCAAAGAAAAUAUAUAUUUCUAUAUCAAUUUGCAGAAUACCCAGAGGAUCUGCAAAUUAUAUGCCGAGAGUCUUUGUUUCUACAAACCCUUCACAAAGCAAUCCUG